CUGCCUCUUUUUGUGCCCCAAGUUUCUAGGUAUCGCCGUUCUAUGUACCAACCGUACUAACCCCCAUCCCAUCAUAACCUCUCCAGGACCCCGUUUCCUGCUCUGGGAGCGUGUCCACCACGAUGACAACCGAGUCUAUCCCUCUCAGGUCGCUCGUAGACGGCGUCGGGCAUGCCUGCGAGUCCGUAGCCAAUGCCGUUACUAACCUAGGGAAGGGGGUUACCACGCCACAGAUCGGCAUCCGGUCGAUGGCUGCCGAGUGCCUGGCGACAAAGACUGUCCUCCGGAGGGUGCAGAAUAUCUUAGCCACUUGGGACUCGGACGACCUCCGUACGGCAUUGGAGGCGGAUGGCAGACCACCUGAGAAACUCGAGGCUUGUUUUGAAGUCUUGGUCCACUCCAUUUCCAAGAUCCUCCUCGACGUCAACUACGAGAUCAAGCGCCUGCGGCGGUAUUCCACCUCGGGGGACCCUCUUGCAUCGGCAAAAUACGUACCAGCCUUGCGCGACGUCUUUAUAGAUGCUAAGAUCGACUUGCGUAGGAAGCGUUCUUCGCUCUGUCUUGUGCUCGAUUGUCUCCAGAGGUAAGUGUGGUGUAGGUCUUGUCUUUGAUCACACCCCAAUCGAAAUCGGGGGGUCUGACCAGCGCGAGUUUUCAGUGGGAAUCUACUAGGGGCGACCAUUCAGCUUCUCGAGGAGACCUCGCUUACGCAGCUACCGUCCGGUAAGCUAGGGUCGUCCAAGCUAGAGCCCGUG